AGCACGACCAUUUGCCGGUAGAUGUCGUGACGUGACACCCAUCGUUCCUGUUGACACAUCAUGGAGACCUUCUACAACCUUCCUUUCACAGUCCUUGUUUGUCCGAAUAUUAAGUUGAAGAAACCGGCAUGGCUCAGACAACCUUCAGCAAUGUUUAUGUUCACUUUAGUUUUACUAUCAUAUUUCAUGGUAACCGGAGGAAUCAUUUAUGAUGUAAUUGUGGAACCUCCUAGUAUCGGAUCAACAACAGAUGAAAGAGGAAACACAAAACCAGUGGCCUUCAUGCCGUAUAGAGUAAAUGGUCAAUAUAUAAUGGAAGGUUUGGCUUCCAGCUUCUUGUUCACCCUCGGAGGUGUAGGUUUUGUCAUCCUUGAUCAAACCAACAAACCAAGUUUGCCUCGUCUCAACCGAGUCCUUCUGUUUUCCGUGUCAUUUCUUACCAUUUUAACUUCAUUCUUCAUGUGUUGGGUGUUUAUGAGGAUGAAGCUGCCGGGUUACCUUGUGGCUUAGUGAAGAUUUAAAGUGAAUAAAUAUCAUUUGUAUUUGAUAAA